CCCCCCCCCCCCCCCCCCCCCCCCAACCCAAAACCAGUCGAUUAAUUAAGACAAUAUCAAAUUCAGAUUCUUCAAAUAAAAUUACAGGGUUCGUAGCCGGAGUUUCAGUUUUGCAAUCUCAAGUUUCAGGCACAUAGAAGAACAAAAUGGUAGAGAAGAAUGACCCACAAGUUUGGGCAACAGUGAGCUCUGGGGUGUGAGAGUUAAAAUGUCCGUUCGCAACAAUCCUAAACAUCAAACAAAAGACCGAAUCCAACAAAAAUACAGCAAAAAUUGAAUACCUCUCAGAUCUGAAUUGCUGUGAAAUCUGUUGAUAGCAACAAAUCGCAGCGGCAGCAAAGAUGCUGUUGUCAUCUUGGCCAUCCAUCGUCCUCCCCCCGACUUUUUCUAUUACAUCAAAGUCCGACACCAUCAAGUGCUCCGGCGGAGGCAACGCGAACCGUUCUGGAUCCCUGAUAUUUGGGACCACCGUGGCGGAAGGCCAAACUUCACGUUUGGAAUCAGAACAGGCUCCUUUAGAGUCGGUUGCUCGGCGGCGCCUCAUUCUGCUUCGUCAUGCAAAGAGUUCUUGGGAAAACCCUUCAUUGCGAGAUCAUGAUCGCCCUUUGAGUAAAGCAGGACAAGCUGAUGCUGUUGACAUUUCACACAAGCUCCAGGAGCUGGGAUGGAUUCCUGAACUUAUCCUCUCCAGUGAUGCAGUUCGGACAAAAGAAACGCUUAAAAUUAUGCAAGAGCAGGUGAGAGGAUUUCUGGAAGCCGAGGUACACUUCAUCUCAAGCUUUUAUUCAAUUGCAGCUAUGGAUGGACAGACAGCUGAGCACCUUCAGCAUACCAUCUGCAGAUUUUCAAGGGAUGAAAUACAUACAGUUAUGUGCAUGGGACACAAUAGAGGAUGGGAAGAGGCAGCCUCAAUGCUCUCUGGCACCUCUAUAGAGCUAAAGACUUGCCAUGCUGCUUUGCUGGAAGCUACUGGAAGAUCCUGGGAAGAGACAUUUUUGUUGGCAGGAUUUGGUGGGUGGAAGGUUCUCGGCAUUGCGAAGCCAAAUUCUAGCGUGCAGUAGAAUCUGGAUCAUACCAUCAUUUUCUUUAAUCUAUUUCAACUUGCCUUUUCUUAGUACUUUCAAGUAUCAGUGUUAUUUUGGUUAGGAUGAGUUGAAGUGUUGCAGGCGUUGGAUCCAGAGGUUGGUGAACCAAGUUGCUUUCACAACUUGACGUCCCCGUGACUGCAAUAUGCUGCCCAAACUGUGGAUGGUUUGCAUAAGAAGUUACAUUUUGCGCUUAUAACUGUAUCAUUUUCAGUUUUGCAAAAAAAAAAAGAAAAAGAAAAA